CUUUCUGUUUCUCGGAUCGGAGAAGGCGAAAAAAAAUGAGUUUCCGGGAAGACAGUGAAGAGGGGAGGGGCGAUAUGCGGAAGCCCUUCCUCCACACUGGAAGUUGGUACCGCAUGGGUUCCAGGCAAUCCAGUAUGAUGGGCUCGUCGCAGGUGAUUCGAGAUAGCUCCAUUUCUGUGGUCGCUUGUGUCAUGAUUGUCGCUCUGGGUCCUAUCCAAUUCGGCUUCACCACUGGCUAUUCUUCUCCGACCCAAUCAGCAAUCAUCAAGGAUCUAAAACUUACAGUAUCAGAGUAUUCGCUUUUCGGUUCUUUGUCGAAUGUGGGAGCUAUGGUUGGAGCUAUAGCCAGCGGUCAGAUUUCUGAGUAUAUUGGACGCAAAGGGUCUUUAAUGAUCGCGGCUAUUCCUAAUGUUAUCGGUUGGCUUGCCAUAUCAUUUGCCAAAGAUUCUUCUUUUCUCUACAUGGGAAGGUUGUUGGAAGGAUUUGGCGUGGGAAUAAUCUCCUACACGGUGCCUGUAUAUAUAGCUGAGAUAGCACCUCAAAACUUAAGAGGCGCUUUGGGUUCAGUCAAUCAGCUCUCUGUAACGAUUGGAAUAAUGCUGGCUUAUGUGCUUGGACUUUUUGUUCAAUGGAGGAUACUUGCAGUUCUGGGAAUAUUGCCUUGUACGAUAUUGAUACCUGGGCUCUUUUUCAUUCCAGAAUCUCCUCGAUGGCUGGCAAAAAUGGGCAUGACAGAGGAUUUUGAAGCUUCUCUGCAAGUUCUCCGAGGAUUUGAUACAGAUAUUUCGGUUGAAGUCAGUGAAAUCAAGAGGUCUGUAGCAUCAACAUCCAGAAGAACAACAAUUCGGUUUGCACAGCUUAAACAAAGAAGAUAUUGGCUUCCUCUAAUGAUUGGAAUUGGUUUACUUGUUCUUCAACAACUAAGUGGAAUUAAUGGUGUUCUAUUCUAUUCCACUACCAUUUUUGAAUCUGCGGGGAUUUCGUCAGGUAAUGUAGCCACAGUUGGUCUCGGUGCUGUUCAGGUCAUAGCGACUGGGGUGACUACAUGGUUGGCAGACAAAGCAGGCCGUCGUCUUUUGCUUCUUAUCUCUUCUGCUGGAAUGACGAUUUUCCUCCUCAUUGUUGCGAUAGCAUUCUACAUAAAGGAUCUUGUGGACAUUGAUUCAAAUGUUCAUAGCAUAUUGGGCAUCAUAUCAGUGGUUGGAGUUGUGGCCAUGGUAAUUUCAUUCUCUCUGGGUAUGGGAGCUAUUCCAUGGCUUAUAAUGUCUGAGAUUCUGCCAAUUAAUAUAAAAGGCCUUGCUGGAAGCAUAGCAACACUUGCCAAUUGGUUCAUGUCCUGGGUGGUCACGAUGACGGCAAACUUGCUACUGGAAUGGAGCAGUGGAGGAACCUUCACCAUUUACAUGCUGGUGAGUGCUUUCGCCGUUGUAUUUGUUUCCAUUUGGGUUCCGGAGACAAAGGGAAGAACUCUGGAAGAGAUUCAAUGGUCCUUCAGAUAAGGUUUUCUUUACCGUUCUUUCAUACUACUUGUUCUCUCCUGCUGGAAGAUACAGAGCUGCAGUCCCAUUUUGAGAUUAUCCUACAGGAACUGUGCAAACGUGCAUUUUUCGUGAAUUUCUUCAGCCAGCACUUGGUGUUCUCUUGCCACAUUCAUUGCUUGUUUGUAUCUUUCGAUAGGUAGUUAUAAACUCACAACUGUCUUACUGUUUUAUUGACUUUCCAUCGCCCUCGUAUAGUCCUUUGUGUAUGUAAGAACUCGAUCGGUUUCCAUGACUUCCAUGCCAGCAGCUUUCUUCGGUCAUAAAACCUUUCCAGUUUUAUAUUCAUACCAUGUAAAGAUUUUGAAUUCACUAGCACGGGUAAAGGGUUUAUUUAUCGUUCAA